AUGUCUCGUGGUUGUGGUAGCAAAUGUGUAUGUAUAAAUUGCAACAAUACUGCACGCAAGAAUACCGAUUUAAAAUUCCGCAAGUUUCCAAAAAACGAAGAUUUUCGAAAAAAAUGGAUUUUAAACACAGGAAAUGUCAAUUUAGUUCACCUCACAUCUGAUGAACUAUCACGUCGAUAUAUCUGUGAUAAUCAUUUUCUUGAUGAAGAUUAUACAAACAAUGAAAAAUUAAGAUUGACUAGAAAUGCAGUUCCUAUAAAGUAUAAAGACUUUGAACAUUUACAUGUAUCUACAUCCUCUAAAGUUUACCAAAAAAUAGGUGUUCUAAGUCCAAUAGCAAUUGAAACUAUUUCAAAAAAUGGAUCUCCUAGUGUAUAUGUUCAAACACCAAAUAAAAGGUCAUCUGAUUCAGAUAAUAUUAGAUCAAUAUCUUCAACUCCAGUUUUGACUCCAAAAAUCAGACAAUUUAUUGAAGAAUCUCACGAACCAACUGGCCUAACACCUAAAAUAUUAUUCAAUAACAACAAUGAUAGUAAAAUAACAAAACUAAAGCUUGCUCUUCAACUUAAAAAAAAACAAAUCCGUAACAAAAAUGCCUCUUUAUUAAAGUUAAAAAAAAAUUUGAAAAUACUUAGAGAAAAUAAAAAAAAUAAAAGUACUUUAUUAGAUUCUUUAUACUAUCCAUCUUCAGAUUCUAAAACACUUGUAAAAAUGCAGGUAUUAAGACCUAAAUUUUCAAGGAAAAAAUUCACAAAAAAUGAACAAAAUUUUUCUUUAGGUCUAUUCUACAAAUCACCAUCUGCUUACAAAUUCUUAAAAAAUAACAAGCAAUUAACUCUACCUGGUUUAUCAACCAUCCGUCGCUGGAUUGGAAGUUCAAAAUUCAAACCAGGAUUUAAUGCAGGAAUAUUUAAACAGUUAAAAAAAAAGUGA